AUGAACGACAGAAAAAUGCUAAGAGAUAAUGGGAGAGAACCAAAGGGUAACUGUAAUUAUUGUCAGAAACCGGGACACUAUGCGAGGGAAUGCCUUUCAGGUAAGCAGGACAGGGAGGAGAAGGAAAGACAGCGAAACGAGGGGCAUUACCAACCCGUAGAUAAUACUAAUACCAACAGAAACGCCAAAAGUUAUGGGAAUGGAAAUGAUGAUGCUUACAAUUAUAAUGAUAAUAAUUAUAACAGGAGCUUUAAUAAUGGCGCAACAGAGCCUUAUAACAGGAAUAAUAACUACUACAAUAAGAACAACAACUACAAUAACAGAAACAGCAAUUACAAUACUGGAAAUAACGGAAACAGCAAUUACAACAAUAGAAAUACCAAUUAUAAUGAUAGGAAUGAUUACAAUAACAGGUACAAUAACUACAAUCCCACGGGCGGUAAUGAUUACUCCAACCGUGGCUACGGUGACCCAUAUAAUAACAAUAACGGGGAAACAUUCAACCUUUAUGGAAACAACAAUAAGAAUCAAGACAGCAGGAACGGCUAUAACAGGGACCCAGUUAGAAACAGGCCUCCACAGGAUAAGGGCCCACAGCAGCGACAAAACGGCGCACAUGGUCCUGACAAUAGAAGAGACGCACCCGCAGCUUUAAACUCGCAAGAUGUUCGGCAUGCUCCUCAAACGUCAAACAUGAAUUCGAGAAAGAAACGGAGAGAAGCGUGUCUGGCGAGAGAGAAGGUGUGA